AACUUUAACUAACGUUAGCUAACGGAGCGGACUGCUGAGUGACAUUUACGGGACUACACAUCUUACAAACUGCUAGAAUACAUAUACAAAAUAAGUACACAUUAUUUCUAUUUCUCCUGCUUGUUAAUUUGAUAUAUUUUUGGCUAUGUCAACUGCUGAAGUCGAGGAAACAAUGGGCGAUAAAUUGGCGACAGCGACUCAAAUGGAAUAUGGAGAUGCCAAAAUAACUUCUUCUAUCAAGGACGGAGUCGAUGCCAUGAUAAAGGAUGGAGCUCAAGAGAAAAAGGAAAAACAUUCAGGGCCACGAAUGACCAAGACAUUCCUGAAAGACCAUUGUAAGCAGAACAAACUUUACUCAACACCUUGCCUGAAUGACACAUUGUAUCUGCAUUUCAAAGGUUUCUCCACCAUUGAGAACUUAGAGGAGUACACAGGACUGACGUGUCUCUGGCUGGAAAGCAAUGGGCUUCAACGCAUUGAGAACCUGGAUGCCCAGGCUGAUUUGCGCUGCUUGUUCCUUCAGCAGAACCUCAUAUACAAGCUGGAAAACCUUGAACCUCUGAAAAAGCUCUGCACCCUGAAUGUCUCCAACAACUACAUACACAUCAUAGAGCACAUCUCCUGCCUUCCUCACCUGAGCACUCUGCAGAUUGCCCAUAACAAGCUGGAAACUGUGGGGGACAUAGAGCAUCUGAGUCAGUGUCUGGCGAUCAGUGUGCUGGACAUGUCUCACAAUCUGUUAUAUGACCCUGAGAUCCUCCAUGUACUUGAGGCCAUGCCAGAACUGCGAGUGCUAAAUCUAAUAGGAAAUGAGGUGGUGAAAAAAAUCCCCAACUACAGGAAGACCAUGACUGUGCACCUCAAGCAGCUCACCUUCCUCGAUGAUUGCCCUGUGUUCCCCAAAGACAGGGCAUGUGCAGAGGCUUGGGCAGUGGGAGGGUUGGAAGGGGAGCGCAAGGAGAGGGAGCAAUGGGCAACACGAGAGAGGCGGAAAAUUCAGGACAGCUUGGACGGGAUGGCAGAGAUUCGAAGGAAAGCCCAGGAGAGACAACGCCUUCGAGAGCUACAGGAGAAAGGGGCGACUGAGGCUUCCACCACUCCGGAGACUCCAUGUGAGGAAAACAACACCCAGAUUUUGACUUCAUCACAAGGAGAGAAGAUCCAAGCCUUUGUGCAGGACAGCCUGGAUGCCCAUGAAGAGUUCUUGCAGCGUCAGUCAACACAGGGGCCCAAUGAACAUCAGCCUAACAGUGAGAAUCUAAAAGCAGAGCAGCCAGGUCAAUGGUUACAGAGAGAGCAGUUAGAGAAAUAUGACCAGGACAAAUCCCAGAUCAAGCAGCCUGUGAGAGAAGAGAUAGAAGGGGUGAAUCCAGAGCACUCAGGACAAGAGCAAGAACGUGUUGCAGGAAAGAUGUUCGAGACAGAAAAAGGAGAAGAUAACAAACAACAACAAAACCAGUCACGUGGAAUCCAGUUCAUGAGAAAUGAAGCGGAGAGAGAGCCGGCAAAAAUGAGCGAGCAGUUUGAAAAGAAACAGCCUUCUCCGGUCAGGGUAACGCCUCCUGAAGCAGACAAAGUUGUACCAGCACGUGGUCCCGGACCAUUGGUUACAGAGCUGGAGGAUCCAGAGCAGCUUGAAACCAUUCACCUUCCACUACAUCGCUCACUGUGUAUUGAUGACCUGCCUGAUCUGGAGGAUGUGGACACAGAAGACUUCACACCGAUGUUCUCUCCUCAGCAAGUGUUCAAACCAAAAAUAGAGGUCAUAUCAGGAGGCAACGAUGAGGAUGAACCAAUUGGGAAUCAGAGUGAGGGCAUCCCCAUCUUUGGUCCAGAUAAAAAUUCACUGUUCUUAAUGAGUGGCUGCAACAAAUCAACUGGAGUCUCUAACAAGUCUUCAUCGUUGGUGUAUCCAGAAGAUGGGGAUGGCCUUGAGCCACUGAUUUUUGAACCAAUGAGAAAGUCCAAAACAAACCCAACCUCCUCUCCACCACGCUGCCUGAUUGAGGAGCUGGAAUGAUGCUUUCAAGGUUUGGAGCAUUUUUGUCAGAUUAAAGUGAUGAUAUACAUACACAGUUUCACAGGACACGGCUUCAAAUUAAAUGUCUUGACAGGCUGACAGGCACUAGACCGGCUGUGCGAGACUAUGAAAAGCCCAAUCAGGGCACAGCUUUAGUUAAUAGUUGUAGUUAAGCUAUAUUUAUCUGUUAAAAAUAGUGAAAGGUAAUUCAUUGUCCAGCAUAUUUGUGUUAAAGAAUUUAAAACCCAUUUUGUUUACAUUGUUGUUAAUUGUAAGACUGUGAAAACAGAAUAAAUCUUACUUUAAUCUGGUCA